AUGCGGAGGUAGUGUUUAUGCAUCUUGAAGGAGCUCAGCUCGCUCUUGAACAUCUGAAUGGACUCCAGAUCAACGGCUGCAUCAUCAAGGCGCGGCGUCCCGUACACGAGCUGUGUCUGGACCUGGACGAGCGUCUCUCUGAGCGUCAGAACGAUCCUGUGAACGCUCGCCUCAUCUACGUGAGUAAUCUGUCCUCCAAACCGCAUCGCCAUGAAGACCAGCUCCAGACCUUCAGACAGUUCGGUGCUAUUCAGUGCGUCACGAGCGCCGCAGAGCAUGCUGGGAAGCGCGGCAGACACGCCUUCAUCAGGUUCGAGUGCGCUGACAGUGCUCAGGCCGCGGUGGGCGUCGACCUCCAGAUCGGAAACAGGAAGCUCUCAGUGUGUCACGCUCUGACUCCGCCACACAACACCACAUACACACCCCCCUACAACACAAAAAACCACACAAAACACAUAACAGGGGGAGGAGUGGAGUGA